CCGGGGUCUAACUUCCGUUACAAAUCGGGUCUUAGCCCAACCCCCCCUCGCAGAACCCUAGGGUUUGGAGCGACUAUAUAUAAUUAGCUCGAAAGACUUCGCCGCGUCCUCCCGUCGUCGUCCUCGCGUUCUCCUCCUCUCAGGCUAUUUCUUUGUUCUAUACGCUGCUGUCCAACCAAAUUCACCAACAAGAUGCAGAACGAGGAGGGCAAGAUGAUGGAUUUGUACAUCCCGAGGAAAUGUUCGGCAACAAAUAGACUUAUCACUGCGAAGGACCAUGCAUCAGUCCAGAUUAACAUUGGACAUUUGGAUGAGAGUGGGCUGUACACUGGCCAGUUUACCACUUUCGCACUCAGCGGCUUCAUCCGUGCUCAGGGAGAUGCUGACGGUGCUCUGGAUAGACUUUGGCAAAAGAAGAAAGUUGAAGUCAGGCAGCAAUAAACAUUGCAGCUUUUAGGCAUUAGAGAUCUUUUGAUAUGGAAAGGAUUUGCUUUUACCUGAGUGCUUUUUAGUUGGGCUACCAGCAUGUUGUGAUCUCAAAAUUUCAUUUUGCAUGUCAAUUGACACCUAUAAAAAUUGAUAUCUGUUGGAUCCUUUUAAACCCCUGCAAUUAUCAGUAUUUUUCAAUCUUGUAA